GGUGCCUGUGCGACGAUCACGGUCGGGGGAAACAUGAUCGUCGGGCUCGCCGCGUGCGCCGUGGCAUAAUCCGUCGUCGGAGUCUACAUAUGGCAGGCGCGGAACGCGAAUUCCACGUGGCCGAAGAGAGGCUCGGCGGCGGCCGCGGAGCAGCCUGGGACCACAGCCCUCACGCGGCUCGCUCCCUCAGCUCCUCGUCCUCUCCGCCGUCCGCACGUUUCCCCCGCAUAUACGCACACGCAAAGUCUGACGCUGCUGCUGCACGCAACACGCUGGCCUCGACGACCUUGCUCGACACGCACAUCCGCGCGCACACAGUCUCUCUCCUCGCCAUCGGCCCGCGACAUGAACGACCUGGCCUUCGGGCGGCGGCGGAGCGUGGACGUGGGCGGGCUUGCGCUCGCGCUCAGCGAGCAAGGUUCGGGGCAUGGAUGGGGAGGCUGGGAGGAGACGGAGACCGGCGAGACGCGAUACGCCGAAGUCUUGAUUGACGUUCGUGCGCACACAGAGACGGCGAUCAAUUCCGAGCCGGUACAUUCACCGCCCGUGAUGGUCCUGAAGGAGGACACGCGACAUAGGCUCGUCGAGAGUUUGUGUACGUGGAACUUUGAGCCGCACAAGCUGCCGGAGGAAGAAGUGCUGGCAUGCUCCUACGUCCUGUUCGAGGCGUUGUAUCGCAUGGAGGGUAUACAGGACGCGGUCGGCGUACCGUUGAGCCACAUAUCGUCUUUCCUGCGGCAUUUACGGCAGCUAUAUCGGCAAGGCAACAAGUAUCACAACUUUCAACAUGCACUGGAUGUCCUUCAGGCAACGUACCAUUUUCUGUAUCGCGCAGGCAUGGUUCCCCCCGUGUCCAUACUGUUGCACUCAGAUGCUCGAUCGUGGAAGAGACAUAAAGAACAGCAGAGUGAUCAAUUAAUAUGUUGUCUGUCUGAGGAGGACAUUUUCGUGCUGCUAAUAGCGGCUAUCGGACAUGACGUCGGUCACCCAGGCUUGUCAAACGCUUUCAUGAAAAACGCACGAACGCCGCUAGCCGUUGUGUACGACGACAAGUCGGUACUAGAACAAAUGCACUAUUCCCUCAUUUUGCAGAUCAUGCGCCAUAACGGGCUUGGCUUCCUGCUGGACCGGCCGCAUUCAGGCCCGUUGUUCCGCAAGCUGCUACUGGGCACCGUGCUCGCGACUGAUCUCAGCCUCCACGCCGAGUUCAUGAGCAAUUUCCGGGACCUCGUUGCUGGCCAGGACGUCGGUGAACACAAGCGCAAAGUGUUGGUGUGCCAAGCUUUGAUAAAGUGCGCCGACAUCAGCAAUCCUAGCCGCCCAUAUAACGUUUCGAAACAUUGGGCGGCUGCACUAGAGUCCGAGUGGAUCAGUCAGCUGAUGUUGGAGCAGCAUCUUCACCUGCCUGCUACGGUUAAGCCCUCGGCCAAUUCAUUAGGCGAGGCUAAGGGUCAAGUGUGGUUCAUCAGUACCUUCUCGCGACCGCUGUUCGAACUCGUCACAAAGGGGAUCCCCGAACUCGGUGAGUUCGCGCAGCAGUGUAGGGAAAACCUCGCCAUAUGGGAAGAGCGCUCUGCCGAGCUCUCCGCUACCGUCGGGCCCGCUACGGCAGUCCCCAAUCCCCCUCUGGUCUGUCAAUUCCAUCACGUAGAAGCGUUUCUCUCCGCGUUCCCUCCAACUCUUCCGGACUCCCUCCGUAGCCAAGAAGAACAGACGCACUCGCGUGCGAGCUCCGAGUCGUCGGCAUCCUCGGGAUUUAGCCACUACGAGAGCUGCGAGUCCGGCCCGCCGUCGCCUUUCGCGUCGCCGACGACGUCCCCCUUCUCGCCGACGUUCGGCCAGGCGCGGCUGGAGCUCGCGUCGUCACCGUCGUCAUUAUCGUCCCCACAGCGUCCGCCGAGCAUCAUGUCAAUAAGCUCGCACAGCACGCAGGCACAGGGUGCGACCGCCGCCAUCCGCGAGGCGUACAAGAUGAGCGUGCGGAAGAAGAAGAGCUUUCACCGCAGCUCGUGGAAUCCCAUUCCGAAUAUUCACAGCGUGACUGUUACGCCGUCCAUCCCGAGCGACGGCUCAAGCUCCGCGUGCCCGUCUCCUAGCUCGACCGUCGGCGCCAGCCCGCUGACGGCUGGCUCGUCCCCUCUUACGACCUAUUCGUUCAGCCCUCUCACGCCCCAGUCCGCGUCUUCCGCGUCCCGCCCGGACCUGGCCAGCAUGUCAUGCAACCCUGACUAACAUUCACGAACGACCGAUAUCCAUGAUCCAUGAAUUGUGAAUGAGCAUAUAACCGAUUGUAUCAUAGCUGUACCCAAGAUUCUCUCGCCCCCGUCAUGCUAUCACUUGUUUUGCGGAUGCAAGCGCCAUCCCCGGUUGCGUUCUUGCUCUGGUGGGGAUGUGCUGGUCUUUGAGAGCCGCGGUAGAUCUGCGUGCCCUGAGGGCUGGUGUGUCGUCCCAUAUUGUGCCGUGCAUGUGCUUCUACUGGGAACGUUCGCUGUGGCGUUACCGUUGUGUAUACCCUUUGGUCUUAGGCGCCACCCCCCCCAUGUAGCUGUAACGAAGAUGACAAGUGGCAUUGGAAUAUUAGUCCGAUUGUCAGAAUCCGAGCAUGAUGUGUUUCUCCAAAGUGUCUGAAGUAAGGGUUAUGUAGAUGUGAGGUGAUCAAUGAAACAUUGUAGAGUUGAAU